GGCGCGUGCUCAGAGGAGGAGAGAGGGGGAGAAAUUACGCGUUAUACUUUGGAGAAAGCACAAUGUCAGCGACCUUCCCCGGACUUGUCCACGACGCAGAGAUACGUCACGACGGAUCAAACAGCUAUCGGCUCAUGCAGCUCGGCUGCCUGGAAUCCGUGGCCAACUCCUCGGUCGCCUACUCCUCCUCCUCCCCGCUCACCUACCCGGCACCGGCGGGCACCGAGUUCGCGUCGCCCUACUUCUCCGCCAACCACCAGUACACGCCGCUGCACCACCAGUCCUUCCACUACGAGUUCCAGCACUCGCACCCGGCCGUGGCGCCGGAGGCCUACGGCCUGAACUCGCUGCACUCGGGCCAGUACUACCAGCAGCUGCACCACGGCGAGCCCGCCGACUUCAUCAACCUGCACAGCGCGCGCUCGGCGCUCAAGUCCUCGUGCCUGGACGAGCAGCAGCGGCGCGAGCUCGGCUGCCUGGACGCCUACCGGCGCCAUGACCUGUCGCUGAUGACGUCACACGGAUCCCAGGCCUACGGCGUCGGCAUGCACCACCCGGACCAGAGGCUGCUGCCCGCCGCCGGCCUGGGGCUGCCUCCGCCCGCGGGGGACGACCUGCAGGGCUCCGUGGAGGCACAGUGUGGGCUCGUGCUCAACGGACAAGGGGGCGUCAUCCGGAGAGGAGGAACGUGUGUGGUGAACCCUACAGAUCUGUUCUGCUCGGUACCGGGCCGCCUGUCGCUGCUCAGCUCCACCUCCAAGUACAAAGUCACCAUCGCCGAGGUGAAAAGAAGACUGUCCCCGCCAGAGUGCCUCAACGCCUCCUUACUGGGGGGCAUCUUACGCAGAGCGAAGUCUAAGAACGGAGGUCGGUGUCUGCGGGAGAAGUUAGACCGCCUGGGCCUGAACCUGCCCGCGGGACGGAGGAAAGCCGCCAACGUCACACUGCUCACCUCUCUGGUGGAAGGUGAGGCGCUCCACCUGGCCAGGGACUUUGGCUACACCUGUGAGACAGAGUUCCCCAGCAAGGCGGUGGGGGAGCAUUUGGCGAGGCAGCACAGCGAGCCCAAAGAAACCAGCGCGCGCAAGAAAAUGGUUCUGGCGACAAAGCAAAUCUGUAAGGAGUUCCAGGACUUACUGAGCCAAGAUCGCUCUCCUCUGGGCUCAUCCAGACCGACCCCCAUCCUGGACCUGGACAUCCAGAGACACCUCACACACUUCAGUCUGAUCACUCACGGCUUCGGCACGCCGGCGGUCUGCGCCGCUCUCAGCACCUUCCAGACGGUCCUGAGCGAGAUGCUCAACUACCUGGACAAGAGCUCGAGCGGGAAGACGAGCGGCCCGACCGACCAGCAGAUCAACAACAGCUCGGAAAAGACGCAGCUCCGGAAAACAGCCGAGCAGCAGAGCAAAGACGGGAAAACAGAAAAGACUGAGUAGCCCACACCCACCUGGUCCCCGUGCCUUGGAGCGCUGCAUUUAGGAGUGUGUGUGUGUGUGUGUGUGUGUGUGUGCACAAAGGAUUUGUUUACUCUCAUCUACGUCUGUGUCUUCAUUGGGACAAUUCAUAUUUAUUGUUAUUUAUUUAUUGACCUUCUGUUGAAAGACAAACACUGAGCUGAAAUGUCCCAAAUAAGACGUCCUGUGUGAGGAUGAGCGUCGCCAUGGAGACGGCUGUGGCUCAUCCAAGGCUUUUUUGUGUAUUUAUUUAUUAAUAAUUGCAGGAAGUAGACCUAAGUGGACAUAAGUGACAUGGAGGUUUUCCAGGACAGGAGGGCUCAAAGUCAGGGCUGAAAUCACUCUUAUUUUACAGUUUAUCUUUGCAAUAUAACUUUAUGUUCAUAAUUAUACCGAUUUAUAGAUUUCAAACAUGCCGGAGCACUAAAACAAGAAACGCCAUCCAAAUAUUAACUCAUGUACUUUUUAGAUUUCCAACUUUAUGUACUGCAUUUUUUAAAAAGAAAGAGGCACAAAACAAUCAGAAACAAACAAAUUAGCACUAAUGAACUCACACACUCCCUCACACAUCCAUUUACAGCAGGAAUUCAUAAACUAUCAAUCCAUUUAUCUCUUUUGUGUCAAACGAUCAAGCAAAAAUCUCCCCAAAAUUCAGCGUUUUGCUUCAAUCCCGCGUCGCCUGAACGGAAACGAGCCCGUUGAGGCCUGAGGCGUCCUUUCACAAAAAACCACCUCCUGAAAGAGUUUUCUGAGGAACCUUCACAUUAAAACACUCUUAAAACACGCAGGCGUGAAAACAAGAAGCAUCGCUGAGUGUCUUUAAAAUGAGGCUCAAACGGCUCAUAAUGGCCUUAACGUCAAUGAUUUUAAAGGUGCAGUGUGUAAAAUAUACAAGGAACUAACAGAUUGUAUGAAUUGUUUAUUGCUUAAUUGAUAUCAGGAGCAGUGUCAGGGUCUAUGGAGGUGGCGGUUUAUGGACCACACUGUUUUUACAGGAGCCCACAAUGGACAAACUUCACUUAUUUUGAGUUGUUAUGUUAACUGAAGGCACACACACACACACGGCCCUCCUGUACUUGUGACAGCACUAAAAACAUUGUUAUUAUUCAUUUAUUUAUUAAUUACUGUUUACAAUCAGUGCCAUGAAGUGUGUUUACCACGUGGAUGAAAGAGGGGAAAGAUGUGAAGUUUCAGGAUGUGAGACACCACUGCCUGGGGGUGGGUACACGUGUGUGUGUGUGUGUGUGUGUGUGUGUGUGAGACAGAGAUAAAGAGAGAGCGAGAGAGAGAGAGAGAGAGGGUCCGACUCAGCCAUUUUGUAAGAGGUGACUUUGCU